CCUGUGUUCACCCGUCCGGCGCCUUCCGCUGCUGACCUCGCCGGCUCCCCAACGCCUAUGGAGCCUGUGCAGGUGCCCGACGCCGACGCCUUCCGGGCCUUCCGGGCUCAGUGCGAGGCGGAGCGCGGCUGGCAGAGCAGAUACAGCCGGGAGGGCGUCGGGGUGUGGGUGCAGCCGCCCCCGCCCGCCGGCCCCGCCGUGCACACGGUCAAGUGCUGCAUUGACAUCCAAGAUGUGCCAGCGGAGACGGUGUAUGAUGUGCUGCAUGACAUUGAGUAUCGCAGGAAGUGGGACAUGAACGUCAUUGACACACAUGACAUUGCCCGGCUUGCCACCAAUGCUGAUGUGGGCUACUACUCCUGGAAAUGUCCAAAGCCCUUAAAGAACAGAGAUGUGGUGACACUGCGAUCCUGGCAGGUUGUGGAUAAAUCUUACAUGAUCAUCAACUUCUCUGUCAAACACCCGCAAUAUCCUCCCCGAAAGGACCUGGUAAGGGCUGUUUCUAUCUUGGCGGGAUACUUAGUGCAGUCGACUGGACCAAACAGCUGCACCUUGACUUACCUGGCUCAGGUGGACCCCAAAGGGAAACUGCCAAAGUGGGUUGUGAAUAAAGCUUCCCAGUACCUGGCACCAAGGAUGCUGAAGAAGAUGCAUAAGGCCUGCUUGAAAUACCCCUCCUGGAAACAGCAGCACAAUGUCAGUGUGAAGCCCUGGCUGUAUCCUGAGCAGAACAAACUCCCCUCCAUGAUGCUGUCAGACCUGGCACUCCAGCAUGCUGCCUCUCUGGAGAACAUUGAUGAGAGCAGCCUGUCGGAGGUGAAGGACGAGAGGGGAGACCACAGUGGCUCUGAGAACUGAUGCUGCUUGGUUCUCUUCCAGGAGCAACACUGCACUAGACUCUGUUUGGACUCUUCCUGACUGUUUUACAUUAAAGGGGGGAAAUGUAUUUUUAUGCCCAGGGUUUGUAGUUCUUCCUGUCAUGAGCCAAGAGACCAUGUUUAGGUCUCCAGCAUAGAGGGGUGUCCAUUCCCAUUAAGAUGGGAACAGAGGACAGUGGCUGCGUGGGGAGCUUGGAGCACCUGGGGCCCAUUGUGCUGAGACAGCUAUCGCAGUGAGCAGGAUAAAUCUUGGGAAAUUAUCAGUGACCUCUGAUAGGAUGGUAUGAAUUUCUUCUCCUUCUGCUCGAUGAUCCUUUCUGUACUAUGACAGGUUUCAGAG